CUGCCAUCACUAGCACACAUACGCACGCAAUCGUAAACAUUUAGUUGCAGAACCGAACACGUCAGCUACGCGGAUGCGGAUUGAUUAACAGCGAUUUGUUUUGAUCAUUCCAAAUCAGUAAAUCUACCGUUCGAACUACAUACAUUACAGCUAGGUAUUUUCAGGUAUUCGUUAGCUGACUUAAUUACCGCUGCAUCAAAAUGGUACUCAUUGCUGCAGCAGUCUGCACAAAGAAUGGCAAAGUCAUAUUGUCACGUCAGUUCGUGGAGAUGACGAAGGCGCGCAUCGAGGGUCUGCUGGCAGCAUUCCCCAAGCUGAUGACCGCCGGCAAGCAGCACACGUACGUGGAGACAGACUCGGUGCGCUACGUCUAUCAGCCGAUGGAGAAACUCUAUAUGCUGCUCAUAACCACAAAGGCCAGCAAUAUACUGGAGGACUUGGAAACGCUGCGUCUAUUCUCCAAAGUGAUCCCAGAGUACAGUCACUCGCUGGACGAGAAGGAGAUUGUGGAGAAUGCAUUCAAUUUGAUAUUUGCCUUUGACGAGAUUGUCGCCCUUGGGUAUAGGGAGAGCGUGAAUCUGGCGCAAAUCAAGACAUUCGUUGAGAUGGAUUCGCAUGAGGAGAAGGUCUACCAGGCCGUGCGUCAGACACAGGAGCGCGAGGCACGCCAGAAGAUGCGUGAGAAGGCCAAGGAGCUGCAGCGUCAACGCAUGGAGGCCACCAAGCGCGGUGGCCCCUCCAUGGGCGGCAUGGGCGGACGCAGCGGUGGCUUCAGCUCCGACAGCUUUGGCAGCAGUGGCAUCAGCACUGGCAUGGGCAGCGGAAGUGGUGCACCAUCCAUUGAGAUGGAGACCAAGCAUAUGUCCUCCUCUAGCAAGCCGGCAAUAAAGCCUGUUUCGCGCAAUGCGCUCAAAUUAGGCGGCAAGUCCAAGGACGUGGACAGCUUUGUUGAUCAGCUGAAGAGCGAGGGCGAGAAGAUUGCCAACCUGGCACCAGCUGUGCCAGCGGGCAGUGCCGGUGCAGCGGCCAGCGCCAGUGCCGCGGCAAAGGCUAAAAUCUCCGCGGACAUUCAUACAGAAAGUGUCCAUCUGAAAAUGGAGGACAAGUUGGUGGUGCGUCUGGGCCGGGAUGGCGGCGUACAACAGUUCGAGCUUAGUGGCUUGCUAACGCUGCGCAUUACCGACGAGAAUCUGGGACGGAUCAAGGUGAAGCUGGCCAACAAUGAUACACAGGGCAUACAGCUGCAGACACAUCCGAAUGUUGACAAGGAACUAUUCAAGACGCGCGCCAUGAUCGGACUAAAGAAUCCAGCCAAGCCGUUCCCCCUCAACACCGAUGUGGGCGUACUCAAGUGGCGCUUCAUUACACAGGACGAAUCGGCCAUUCCUUUGACCAUUAACUGUUGGCCAUCGGACAACGGAGAAGGCGGCUGCGAUGUGAACAUUGAAUAUGAACUGGAGACACAGCAUCUGGAGUUGCAGGAUGUCGUCAUCGUUAUACCAUUGCCCUUGAACGUCCAGCCCUCUGUGGCCGAAUACGAUGGUACCUACAACUAUGAUGCACGCAAGCAUGUGCUGCAGUGGCACAUUCCCAUCAUCGAUGCUGAGAAUAAGUCGGGAUCAAUGGAAUUCAGCUGCAGUGCCUCCAUACCGAGCGACUUCUUCCCCUUGCAAGUGUCGUUUGUCUCAAAGACGCCGUAUGCGGCAAUUAGUGCGCUGGAUGUCGUACAGGUUGACACUGAUUCGUCUGUCAAGUAUUCAAGUGAAACGAUUCUAUUCGUGGAGAAAUACGAAAUCGUUUAAACUAUACACACAAACACACACACAUACAUAUACACUGAAGAAAGAAACACACACACACACACACAAACGACAUGAAAAAGAGAAAAAUCGGCAGUAGUAGUAUACCUAGUAUCAAUACAUACCCUUAUAUUUUUGAGCGAUUCAUCGCAUUAUGUACGAUUAUAAAUGUUAAAGCUAUAUUUCGACCUAAAAAACACGCAUCCAGCCGCAAAUGGCUAACAGUAAUUCCAAAUGGGCGUGCUCCACAACCAUCAUCAUAGAGUAUAAUACAUAAGGUAAAAUACACACAUAUUUUAUUAAAU